UAUAUACUGAAAGUUAACCAACACAGUAGUUAAUACAGGAACUUAGUGCCGCGCCGUUCACAUUCGUUGUUAAUAUAUUCGAAGAAAACAUACAUAUAUACAUAUGGGUUCAACGGUGGCGGCCGGAGUGGGAGUGGAAAGGUGGAGCAGGGACAUGCCACCAGCCCACUUCAUCUUCAAGAUACGCUCCUUUUCUCUACUCUCUAAAACUGGUGCUGAAAAAUUUGAAUCUGGUGUUUUUGAGGCCUGCGAUAAAAAAUGGAAACUGUGUGUUGUUUACCCAACGAGGAAGUUCAAGGCAAAAGGUGAGGAUGAAGAACAUAUCUCCCUCUACUUGCAAAUUGUUGAUAGCGAUAAGCUUCCGGGAGGAUGGGAGAUACAGGCUAUGUUUAGCCUCUUUGUUGUUGACCAUAUCCGUAAUAAUUAUCUGACUAUCCAAGAUGGUGGUGCAAAAACAAGGCGGUUGAACUGCAUGAAAACUGAACAUGGUUUUGAUAGGUUGCUUCCCUGGUCUACUUUCAAUGAUCCUUGUAAUGGAUAUCUAGUCAAUGACACGUGUGCUUUUGGAGCUGAGAUUCUCUCCGUUUCAAGCGCUACCAAACAUGAAUGCGUGUCUUUGGUGAAGGCACCAAUUAAGAAUGGAAGUUACACAUGGAAAAUCGACAGCUUCCUCACAUUAAAAAAGUGUGAGAGUUACAAUAGCUCUGAUGAGUUCAUCGUUGAAGGAAGAAAAUGGCAACUGUUACUCUAUCCGAGUGGAGAUUCGAGAGCAUGUGGCAAGCAUUUGUCCUUUUUUCUAAUGUUGCUUGAUUUUGAAGACCUUAUUGCACAUGGUAGAAAAAUAUAUGCCAACUUUAUUUUGCGCAUUCGCAAUCAAGUGAACAUCCUGAGACAUGAGGAAGUAGAAGGUUUGACGUUUGAAUUGGGUUUUUUCCUUGUCAAUUUUUCUUUUAUAAUUAUAUGGUUUUCUUCUUACAAUGAUUUGUUGUACCUUAUUUAGUUUGCCUUAUUCGUAAAUCCUGCAGUGGCUAAAUUCUUUGCCGCCUCGUCUGCCUGGGGCAGUGCCCAAUUUAUGAAACUUAGCGAAUUGGAAAGUUCAUCAAACGAGUUCGUUGUUGAAGAUACACUCAUUGCUGAAGUUGAAUUCAAGCUCCUAUCUAAAUAUUCGUAAAGUUACUCCGUAAUAGACAUGAAUGCAGUUCUAGCUGGAAUGUUUCUGCACUUUAUUUUGGAAUUUUUGUGACCUUCGUGUUAGCCAUGCAUAAUAAUGAAUCUAAUUUGGCGUCGCAUCUUUAAUGGAGGCAAUUCAAUAAGCG